AUGAGUUUCCUCAAGCCCACUACCAAGGAGACUGGGGCUUCUGAGCCCAUUGUCACCAUCAUCGCCAACGAGGACAAGGUGCCGUGGUACAAGAAGCCGAACCUGAGAUAUCUUUACUGCAUUCUCUUCCCGGCAUGUAUGGGCAUCGAGUUGACGUCUGGGUUUGAUUCCCAGAUGAUCAACGCUCUUCAGAUUGUCCCGUCAUGGGUUGACUACUUUGACAAUCCUCAGGGAUCUCUCAAGGGCAUCAUCGCGGCAGCAUACUCUCUCGGAGCCAUUCUGUCGCUGCCCUUUAUCCCCAUCGUCAAUGACAAGUUUGGCAGACGCUGGUCCAUCGUGGGCGGCUCCGUCAUCAUGAUUAUCGGUGCACUGAUCCAGGGUUUCUCUCAACACGUCGCCAUGUACAUUGUUGCCCGUAUCAUUCUCGGCUUCGGAAUCCCGACCUGCAUCGUCUCUGGCUCGUCUCUCAUCGGAGAGCUUGGUUACCCCAAGGAGCGUGCCGUCCUCACAUCCCUCUUCAACGUCGCCUACUUCAUCGGCCAGAUUGUUGCCGCCGCCAUCACCUUUGGCACAAACAGCAUCCCCAACAACUGGGGCUGGCGAAUCCCCUCUCUGCUGCAGAUGGUGCCGUCCGUCAUGCAGAUUGUCUUUGUCUUCAUGCUGCCCGAAAGCCCCCGAUGGCUCGUCACAAAGGGCCGCAGCGCCGAGGCCAACGAGAUUCUCAUCAAGUACCACGCUGAGGGCGAUGCAGACUCGGAGUUUGUUCGCGCUGAAAUGGCUCAGAUCCAGACGACUAUUGAGAUUGAGACUGAGAACAACAAGAAGAACUGGCUCUCCAUCUUUGCUACCGCGGGUAUGCGACGACGAACUUUGAUCUCCUCAUUCCUCGGCUUGUUCACCCAAUGGUCUGGCAACACUCUUAUCUCAUACUACCUGGGUGAUCUCCUCGCCAUGAUUGGACAAACCGAGUCCGUCUUUAAGCAAAAGAUUAACGUUGCCAUUGCCUGUUGGUCUCUCUUCGCCGGUGUCACCGUAUCUCUGCUCGUCAACCGCUUCAAGCGUCGCACCAUGUACCUCAUCUGCACAUGCAGUCUGCUCGUUGUCUACAUCUGCUGGACUGUGACAAUGCAGCAGAGCAUCGCUGGAAACUUGAUCGGUCACCCCAACAAGGCUGCGGGUGCCGCCACAAUCUUCUUCAUCUUUGCCUACCAGCCCUGCUACAACAUUGGCUACAACGCCCUCACGUACACCUAUCUCGUUGAGCUGUGGCCAUAUGUCGACCGAUCUCGCGGUAUUUCCGUCUUCCAGCUGUUUGGACGUCUGUCUGGUUUCUUCGCCACCUUUGUGAACCCCAUUGGCCUGCAGAACAUUAGCUGGAGAUGGCUGAUUGUCUACUGCUGCUGGUUGGCGUUUGAGAUUGUCUUUGUCUAUUUCUUGUUCCCCGAGACGGCUGGCCGAACCUUGGAAGAACUCGCCUUUUUGUUUGAGGACAAGGAGCUGGCUGACCAAGCCGUCAUGGCCGUCGAGAAAGUCGUCCACCACGAUAUCGACAACAAGGCUGUCGAGAUUGGCGAGGUGCAGCACGAGGAGAAGUCUAGCAAAGUCUAG